AUGAACCUGUUCCUCGCUUCUCUUUGUCUUCUGGGAGCUUUUAUUCAUGCUCUGGCUCAAUGCACGGUACCAGGCGCAGAGUUUCAUCUGGAUGGAGAUUAUUUGAUAGGUGGACUUUUUGAUAUUCAUCACAUCACUACCCCUGUUUCUUACGACAGACCAGAAGCUGUUGACUGCUCCAGUAAACCCAUCCAUCUGCCAAAUUAUCGGAGGUUUCAGUUGAUGAGAUUCUCUGUGGAGGAAAUCAAUAACUCAACCAGCCUCCUGCCUGAUAUAUCCCUUGGCUAUGAGAUGUUUGACCAAUGCUCAGAUGCACAAAACUUUCCAAGUAUUUUCCAACUUAUCUCAAUCAAUGGACUGAUCCAACCGUGGGUUGAACCUCAAAAGCAACAAACAAAUCUUUCUGAUGUAUCCAAAGUGAUAGCAGUAGUUGGACCUUUUACAAGCACUAAGGCCCUGACUAUAGCCCCUCUAUUCAUGACAGAUCUUAUACCCAUGGUCAAUUAUGGAUCUUCUAGUUCUGUCUUUUCAGAAAAAGCAAAGUUCCCCUCCUUCAUACGAACGGUGCAUCCCAAUAAAGAUGUCAUAGAAGUGAUUGUUAAUAUCCUGCAACACUUCAACUGGCGCUGGGUUGCUUUCCUUUAUAGUGACGAUAAUUAUGGCAAUGAUGGGCUUGAUAUGUUCAGAAAAAGGAUCAAGGACACAGAGAUCUGUCUGGCGUAUACCAAGGGUCUUGAUGAUAAAACAGAUUAUCCACAAAUGUUCAAACAGAUAGAGGUACAGAAGAUGCACGCUGUUGUUGUUUUUGCUCCUAAAUCGGUUGCUGAAGCUCUCAUUAUGUCAGCAAUACAGCUGAACGUCACCGAGAAAGUGUGGAUAGCGGGAGAUGCAUGGUCUUUAAAUCAGAUGCUUCCUAAGGAGGAAGGAAUCAAAAAUAUUGGAACUGUGCUUGGGGUCUCUCAACCAUUUGUGACCAUACCUGGGUUCAAUGAUUUUAUCUAUUCUACUAAAAGCCAGACUGUUAGUGAAAAACUGCCAAGAAGUAGGUUUUGUAAUCAGGUUUUCAACAGCAGUAGCUUCAGUGCAGAAGAAAUCCUUUCUGCGGACCCAUCAUUCUCUUUUCCUGUUUACUCUGCUGUUUAUGCCAUUGCACAUGCCUUGCAUAAAACCCUGCAAUGUGGAGACAACCACUGCAAUGGCAAUACUACAGUGUACCCAUACAUGGUUCUAGCAGAGCUGAAGAAGUCCAACUUCACACUUUUAGACCAACAUAUUACGUUUGAUGAGCAUGGUGACCCUGAUUAUGGAUCCUACUCUGUCAUUUUCUGGAACCACAGUGGUGAUGCAGAGGAGGUUGGCUUUUAUCAAUUUCACCCCUCGAUAGAUUUCUUCGUCAAUGACAGCAAAAUCCAGUGGUACACAAAUGGAGAAGCGCCUACUUCCCUGUGUUCCAAAGAAUGCUCUGUAGGUUACGUUAAAGAGCAAACUGGAAUCCAUAAAUGCUGCUUCACCUGUGAAAUCUGUCCAAAUGGAACUUAUAUCAACAGAACAGAGGAUCCCUACAAUUGCAUCAGCUGUAAGGAGACAGAAUGGUCCACAGCGGGAAGUACAUCAUGCAAUCUGCGCUCAGUGGAGUACAUUCCAUUCACAGACAGUGGGGCCAUACUGAUUAUGCUCGGGACUGUGGCCUUGGAUGGUCUCACACUAUCUAUGUCUGCUCUCUUUGUCAUCAACUACAACACCCCUAUUGUCAGAUCUGCUGGGGGACCAAUGUGCUUCCUCAUUUUAGGCUGCCUCAGUCUGUGUAGUCUCAGUGUGUUCUUUUACUUUGGUAAGCCAACAGCUUCCUUUUGUACUUUGAGGUCUUUGCCAUUUAUUUUGUUUUACACUGUUUGUCUUGCAUGUUUCGUUGUGCGCUCUUUUCAAAUAGUUUGCAUUUUCAAAAUGGCUGCCAAGUUCCCAAGGCUCUACAGUUGGUGGAUGAAAUAUCAAGGUCAAUGGCUGAUCAUCACUGUGGCAUUUGUGAUUCAGGCUUUCUCUCUUAUUGUAUGCUACAGUUAUUAUCCCCCAAAGCCCUACAAUGAAACAGUUUGGUAUCCAGAAGAAAUCAUACUAAGCUGUGGAAUUAAAUUCGAAGCAUUCUCUGGUUCAGCAAUUGUACUUGUGUCUUUGGGCUCUCUUUGCUUCAUUUUCUCCUACAUGGGGAAAGACCUCCCUAAAAAUUACAAUGAAGCCAAAGCAAUAACCUUCUGCCUGCUCCUGCUGAUCCUCACCUGGAUCAUCUUUGCAACCAUACAGGUGCUUUACCGUGGCAAGUACAUCCAAACUUGUAAUGCCCUGGCAGUACUCUCCAGUCUUUAUUCCUUCCUGUUGUGGUAUUUCCUCCCAAAAUGCUACAUCAUCAUUUUUCAACCUCACAAAAACACACAGCAGUACUUCCAAGGUCUCAUUCAGAAUUAUACCAAAACAAUAAGCCAGUAG